CAACCUCCAACCUGCACAGCCAAAGUUAUUUCAGUCUCACAGUGUUUGUUAGCAUUUCUAGUACCAGAGCUCUCCUGUGUAACACUGUUGUGUCUCACACAGCCUCAGUGAUAGCACAUAGUACUGUCCCACUUUUGCGCUGUGUAUAUAACACAUGGAAAUGCUUUUCUGAGUUUGGAGGGGAAAAGUGAUUGACAUUUGGAACUAAUACCACAGCAGCCAAGAGGUAUAAAAACAAAUAAAAGAAAACAUGGUUUUAAACUUAUGCAGGCAAUGGAGUUUUGCCUUACUUUUUCUCUGCUGUUCAGUGCUAUCAGAUGGAAGACACGUGAAUGCCAUCAGUAACAGAGUGAAGCGAGCUGUAGCAGAGCAUCAGUUGCUACAUGACAAGGCAAGAUCUCUUCAAGACCAACGGAGAAGAAUCUAUCUACAAAAUCUGAUCGAAGGUGUGAACACUGCAGAAAUACGUUCACUUUCAGAUGUUAUUCUCAACACUAAACCUUCCAGCUCAGUGAAGAGUCACUCUGCACCACUCAGCAACAAAAGUGGGGCCCGACACAUGACGCAAGAGACAAACAAAUUUCAGAUUUAUAAGCAGCAAUCCCUGAAACUAAGUGGAAAGAAGAAAAAAGGGAAAGCUGGAGUAUGGAAGGACCAGGAAAAGAAAAAGCGACGACCACGGUCUAUAAGGACAGAUCUCAGAAAAUUCAGCAGUACAGCUUUUUUGACUCUUCAUCCAAGUAUUAAUCAACUCUGGAACUAAACAGAAACAUAUUUUUAAAGGGAUGGCUGGUACCCCUUUUGAGGACAUGGACAGAUUGUGUUCUGCAUCAGGCGAAAUAUAUAAACUAUUACAAAUAUUUAUUGUCUAUAUAUAUUUGGAAUGCAAUAUAAUAAAAAUGGUUUGCAUUGCUUUAUGAAAUUGAUGAUUUUGUUAUUGUGAAUAUUUUACUUUGGCUAGUCCAAUUGUUAUUGUUACAGAUGUCAUAAUUUAUUUUGACAGUGUAUUUAUUUGUUAAUAUAUCUUGGUGCUGCUGUCUUUAUAUAUUUUUGUAACAAUGCACUUUGGAUAUAUUGUUAAGUACUUGUUAAUUGUUAUAAUGAAAUGUUUUUAUUACUGGCUCUAAUGAAUGCAAACCCAAUAUUGGUGAAACUGUUUUUGUAUCUUUUAUCGUGUGGUUAAUAGCGGAUAUGUUUCAUUUUAAGAAAGAACACUUAAUAAAACAUAAUUUAAUUAUUUCAAGACUCCCACAUUACAAGACUGUCCUGUUACAUGCAAUUAGGGCUCAUAGUAAUAAGCAUAUUCCACACACAGUAAUUCUGGUGCCAGUAUAAUUAUUGUAAACUUCUAGCACAUAUAGACACGUAUUAAAAUCUCACUUAGUUUUGAAGCAAUGUUGAAUAGCCAGUGCUACAGAUAAAAGAGCUAAAACCCACUUUAAAGCAAUGUUUUAGUAACAAGCUGAUACAACACUCUGAUAUAUAUGUAUAUAUUAUUUUGAAAUGUUGUGCUAGUAUUUAUUUGUGAUUUUUGAACUUAUCUGUGUUUUAGCCUAAGAACAGAAUUUGUAUGUGGGGAUUCACAGUACUGACAGCAAAGAGAAAUUCAUUUUUUAAAAUGUGCCACUAAUUAAGUCAAUACAUUCCAUGCUGAUGUAUUCUUUUCUAAUCAAUAGGUACAGGGCAGACCACAAGCGCCAGUUCUACCACAAUCUAUUCCAGAGACUUGUUUAAAAAAAGAGUUGUGCAUCAGGCAGUUCCUGUACAUGACAGUUCUAAACUAUGCUUGAGUUUCUCUUGGCAAAGGACUCUUGCAAAGCUAAUUCAUUCAGCAAAAAAAAAAAUGUUAAGCAAUAUGACUAGGUUUAAAAACCUAGAGCCAAUAUUUAGAUCUUGUAAGCUAAAAAAGUAUCCUUAUUUGUGUUUGUUUUCAAUGUAUAUGCAUACUUAAAUGAAAAGACAAUGAAAAAAACUGCACUGUCUACAGUUGUGCAAAUAUUGCAUGUAACUCAAAAGUGACAUUGCCAUGACAUAUUAACUAAAUAGUGCAGUAUCCAUAUACGUUUUUAUUUAUUAAUCUUUUUGUUUAUUUAUUCACUUUUGGCCCCCUCCUACCUAGGCCAUUAAACCCCACCUUGCCGUUCUAACUCGGUCAUUCUCGCUCUUGCUGGCUAUAGGCACACCACUAACUGGGGUAAGGGUUGGGUCUGAGAUAAAACAUCAUCACUGGUCUGAUUAGAUUUCUUUUCAUUAUGCCCUGCCCUGAGUCUUGCCUCCAUUGCCAAUAUGGACAUUGCAGGCAAGGCUGUGGACGGUCUGUCAGUGUACAUUCACAUUCUGGCAGGAUUGAAACCCCUAGUCUUGACAUUGGGCUGUAGCCCAUACCAGAAACAUUGUAAAAUUUUGUGACAGGUAAGCCAGCAUUUUCCUAUACUUCUUGAGAAAAGCUCAUUUGCAUACUUAUUUAUUAAAUAGUGAAGACACUGUUAUUCUAACUCCACUAAUAUAACUGUAUGAUGAUUCUGAAGACUGAAACCAUUAUUUAUGGGGAAAUUCUAGCUUAGAGUUUUUAGUAAUGCUGUAAAGCUUCUGCCUGUUUGCUGCGUUAGAAGAAUAUAAAACACUAACACAACAGUGCAGGCAAAAGAAAAUUACAUUUUAUUUAAAUGACUAUGACCCAUACUUAAGAAAUUCCAGUUUCAAGAAAAGAAAACAGGCUAGAAAUAUAACAUUGAAAUAUACCUGUCAAUAUAUCUAUACUGAACACACACUAUUACAAGUUAUUAUACUUAUUAUAUCAGCUUUAAGUAUUUUGUAUUUUUGUACUGAUAGUUCAUUUUUUAGCAGAGGUGGGUUUUAUUACUUAUUAUAAUUGCUUCCUUAACACCUGUAGUGGUCAGCUGAUCAUUUAGUGGACCCAUCAGAUUUUAGAUCCCCAUUCAUUCCCAGAGUAGGUACAUUUCAAGAUUUUUAGUAUGCUCCUUAAUCUGACGAUGCCUAUUUAAGGUGAAACAAUUUUAAUGGAAAUGCAUUAUACUUUUUUAAAUUAUCCUCUGAUAUAACCCCAGUAUUCAAUAUGGAUUAUUGCAGUAGUUUAUCAUCAUGACAGCAUUUUUUGUAUCUUUUGGCAAAUUCUUGCUGUAGGGAUUCUAACAGUGCAGAGGACUAAAGCUCUGAUUUCUUAAUGAGCUGCUUCCUGUGCCAAGGAUACAGGGUUUGAAUCUUUCCACCUUCAUUUGCAUAUUGUAUGAUAUUAACCAAGUCACUUAAUGACACAGUACUCUGGCACAAUUGGGACUUUGGGCUAUACACUUAAAUGGCUUUCUAGACUGCAUGCCUAGCAACUAUCUAUGAACCUUAGCUAGGCAGUAGAAUCUUAGCUUUAACAAGAUGCCUAGUGGUAAGAACAAGGCAGGCAGCGUAUGAUUUUGUUUAGUAGUAGUAGUAUGAGACAAUACUCGGAAGAAAAUCAAAGCUUCUUCCAUUCAGUGAGUAAAUGGCUUUAUUUACUGCUCCCAAAAGAAGAUUACCAUUCCAGAUAUCUGGCCAAUCAGUACUCAUUUAAGGUCUAUGAAGGUUGAAUGUAAUAUGAUCCACCUGGCUUUAUGUAAUCUGAUCCACAUGGCUUUAUGUAAUCUGAUCCACCUGGUUUUAUGAAUGUGCCAAAGGUUGCUAGCUGGAGUAAGACUACAGUAAAAUUGUUAACUCCUGUGCAAGCAAUAAGGUACCUGUGAGGAAGCUGCAAUACAAGUCAGUGUAAAUAAAUUUGACUGCUGGUUCACAGGCAGAAGUAACAGUUUAUUCACUGAUCUUCUCUGCCCAGGAAUGUUUCCAUUGUGUCUAGCACUAAAUACUUCAGUUAGGUACAAAAAAUUAAUAAAAUAUGCUCUACACUCACUGAUGUUUGUUAUGGCAACACCAUGUACUGAUACAACUGUCCAUUCAGGAAUGUACACUGAUCAAUUACCAUGUCAGCCUUCCUUCCUUCCUGUCAGGCCUUCCAUAACCCAUUAUCAUUAUUACAAUGCCACUGAUGGCAUAGAUGGACAUCAUGGCAUCUGGCCGGCCCAGGUGUAAUGAGUUAUCUAAUAGUAUAUAUAGUUAUGUAACAGUAUUAUGACUGUAAACACUGUUAUGCUUGAUACUGCAUUAUACAGUAAUCCGGACGUUCAUGAGAUGUUCUAAAUGGGCAAUUUAAGUGCUGAAUUUCUGGUGAAGCUUGCUAUUUUGUAGUUUAGUCCAUACUUGACUUUAAAAAAUGCAUUAUAAUUUACUGUACUAUGCUGUAUUUUUACAAUGAUUAACUAAUUUAAUUCAUGUGUGGCCUGUCUAUCCAGAUUUUACUUACCAAAAUACCCCUGAGAAUGGAGUUUGAGAAGCCAUCUCAGUAAGCUAGGAAUUACAAGAAAGGAUAACAGCAUUAUAUAAAUCACGUUGUACUUGUAUUUGUUUUUUUCUUGUGUGUUAGUGUAUAGCAAACCUUAAGCUGUCAUUCUGAUUUGUUACACUACUAUGUCUGUAUAUAUAAAGUUGUUGAGCAAUAUUUGUGUUACAGAUGAAGUACAAGGCAACCAAUUUCCAUCAAAAAAGAGCACAGAAGUUACAUGAUACAAUGAAAUUAUCCUGAUAAAAGUGUAUCACGGGGGUGCAUGACUAAGGGAGUGUCAGUAAAUGUCUGUUUGUUAAAGACGAUGAACAUGCUUAAAACCAAAUGAUGUCAUUUAUUAUAUGAUUAAAUUCAUGGCUAUGUAUGAACAUA